AUAAUUUGCGGUUUACAGUUUACACUGAAAUUUAUCGCGAAGCUGUUAUGUAAAAUGUUUUAUUUUUUUAAAAUAUAAGUAGCUAUCAAAUCCUCGUUUUAAUGUUAUAAAUGUAAUAUUUUAAAUUCGUUUUUCGCCAAUCAGUGUACCUAUUAUAUAGCGUUACAGUGGAAUCGUAUAACGUAUUACACAGUGAUAUUAUUUAUACAAUUAUACUUACUCACCAAAAUGACUGAUAAUUCGUUAUUGGAUCUAUCUAGUCAAGAAUUGCGAAAGUUGCCAAAAAAUGAAAACAGCCAUAUUAUUAAAGUCUUAGAUAUGCGAAAAAAUUGUUUACAGAAACUGGAAAAUGUUGAACAAUUUACUGAACUUAAUGAAUUAAUUGCAAGCCAUAAUCAGAUGAUGAGAAUGUAUACGGUAGCAAAAUUAUCAAAACUAGUAAAGUUAGAUUUAUCUAACAAUCACUUGAUGAGUAUUGAAGGUCUCAGAGAUUUAAUCAAUCUUUCAUCGCUUAAUUUGUCCAAUAACAAAAUCAAAAUUAUUGAACAUUUAUCAACCAAUGUCAACUUAGUGCACAUAGACUUGUCGUUCAACAGCAUAUCAUACAUUACCAAUUUGAGUCAUCUUUUAAAACUUGAAAGGCUUUUCUUGCAUUCAAAUAAUAUUUGUCAUUUGACCAACUGUCAACAUUUCCUUCCAGUCAACUUGCUUACUCUAACUCUAGCCAAUAACAAUCUUAAUGAUUUGAAUGAAAUAUCACAGCUUUGUCGUCUUGGUUUGUUAAGAGAAAUCACUUUAACUGGUAAUAGUUGUCUAGAAGGGUACACAUUUAACUACAGACCAUUUGUAGUCAAUUGGUGCCCUAGUGUGAAAAUAGUUGAUGGUUAUGCUGUGGACGACAUUGAAAAUCUAAAAGCUGAAUGGCUAUAUAGCCAAGGUCAAGGACGAAAGUUUCAUAUUGGACAACAUACUGCUCUUGUCCGUUAUUUAACAGAAACAUGUCCAAUUACUAGCCAUGCUUUAGAGACUGAGCAAGAAAGAAAAUUGAGACUAGUUUUGAGCAAAGCUCAACAAUAUAGAGAACAAUUACAUAGAACGAGUACACCAAAUAUUAAAGAAUCAGGACAAGAAUCGUUGAUGACCAGAAGUCUAGAUCCUAGUGUACUGAAGUCUACAACUCAAAGACUAUCUACUGGAUCAGAAAGCUGCCAAGGAACACCUAGUAGUAUGUCUCGCAGUGUCCAUUUACCAAUGACUGAAGUCAAUUGUUUUGUCCAAUCUCCACCUCUACCAGCUGCCAGCACUAUGUUGCCGAUAUUAGACUCAUUACCUAGUCCACUGACACCAAGUAUACCUAAAUCAAGACCUAUAAUUGGUCUGCAAACUCCAGCUGGUGAAGAGUCUCGAGCACCUACUAUGGAAAAAUUGCAAAUGAUUAAAAAUAAAGCGUCACAAAUGAACGGAAUUGAGAACAAAGAUUUACACCAGUCAGCCAUAGUAAUACAAAAAAUGUGGAGAGGUUAUCAUACAAGAAAUUUAAACAAAAAUGUAACUAAUAUAUAUCAGCAUGUACAAAUGCUACGUUUCAAUCAAUACAUUAAGCAAAUGAGCAAAGAUUUAGUAGAUACCAAAAGUACUCUCGAAAAAGAACAUAAAUUAGUGGUAUUACAAAUGCAAGCUAUAAACGAGUUGUGGAAAAAGGUUAACAGUAUGGACAACAGAUUAGGUAGUGAGAAUAAUGGUGAUUCCAAGUGUCUAACAUGCUCUUCAUUGGAUACUAAGGUUCAACAGCUGCAGGAGUCUAUGGAUCAUGUGUUGCGGUGUGUGAGCCCUUCAUCACAGAGUGUUGCAGAAACACAAACGGAUAUCACUGCUGUACAGACCCCAGUUGAAGGGAGUUGUCCGAACGCCAACGCAAUAACUAGGCCCAAUUUCCUUCCCCUCUCCAAAUCUUGUACGAAUCAAGUUAUAAAAACUGCCAACGCAACUGCAAUGUCUUCGGACAUCUAAAUUAUAAUUCUAUGAAACCAAAACUGUCCAAAAUAUUUAUUGUAAAAUACUUUUGUACCAUUGUUAAAAAAUCAUGAAUACUGUUGCAGUGAUCUAGUCAAACUGAUUGAACUUAAUUAUUCCUUUUUUUUUUUAAUCUUUAUUACCUAUUUUAUAUUUUAGAGAACUUAAUAUUAUAAUAUAAUACGUAAUUUACAUUAUAAUGUAUUCUUAUUGGUUUUUUUUACAAUGAUAUUAUAUAAUAAAAAUAAUUUUACAAGC